AUGUCUGUCGAAGACCAGCAUCUCUCUGAUUCUGACUCUGACUCUGAUAGCUUGCCUGACAUUUCUCAGCUCAUAGAAGAGCGCCUCACCCAGCCCAAGUCCUCCGUCAGUCGCCACUCCACUCCAGAAAGCGCAAAGGACGCAGACGACGACCCGAUGGUAGAAGACGACCCGCGCGCCAACCUUCGAGAAGAGGUCAAAGACGAAGAUGAGGACGAAGACCAGCUACCGGACACGCCAGCAUCCAAGGCGAGUAACAAAGGCCCAAUCGUGGUGUCCUCCAGCCCUCCGGCGGUCGCGAGUGGCUCCAAACGACAUAUGAAGGCGCCCCCGGCACCGACUCAAAACAGUCGUCUCAACUCGAAAACUGCGAGCUCCUCCAGACUCACCAGUGCAGCAGCAACACCCACACCAGCGAGGACGUCGCCUCCAAAAACCAGGCAGUCGGCGCGGUCGGCAACAAAGAAGCGGGCGCGCGAGUUUGAGGACAGCUCAUCGGAGCUGCCGCGGGUGCCAGCUUCUCAACCGCUUCCCCAACCCACUAAACGCGCCCGUCGCGCGCAGCCACCCUCGGCUUCGCAGCCCGUCCCAGUCACACCGGCGUAUAAGACACCGACCAUUAUAAAAACCGAGCCUUCCUCCACGGCGAACCCAAAAGGAAAGCAAAAGACUGUCGCGCGCAAGCGCAGCGAAAACUUCUGGCACCUUGACGGCUCUGUCGUCGUCCAGGUCCAGAAUACCCUCUUUCGUCUGCAUCGCUCUCGUCUUACGCAACAGUCGGAGUAUUUUGCCGCGCUCCAAAACGGGGAUGGGAGUAGGGACAGUCCCGCUCUAGUUGAUUGGGAUCUUGUCGACAGCUGCCCCGUCUACAUCGUCAAGGGCGUGAGCGUGCUCGAUUUUGAGCGCCUUCUCACGGCGUUGGAUGCGGGAAUUGCGUAUGCGAUCAACCCACCGCCGUUCCGCGUACUCGCCUCGCUCAUCCGCGCAGCGCACGCGCUGUCUUUUAAAACGAUCCUAACAUUUGCCACCCACCUCCUGCGCGAGAUGUGGCCGAGCGACCUCGUGCGCAUCCACGAGACGAACGACGCCGACCAGGCGCAGCGCGUCUCACAGGCGACGGAGACGGUCCUCCUCGCACAGCAGUGCGACCUGCCUGAGCUGCUCAAGGCCGCAUACCACGAGCUCCUCCGCGCGCCCGACUUCGGACAAGACCUCGCUGUCUACGUACACGCCGAGUCCGCGAACGGCGCCGACACACGGCGCCUGGAGAUGGAGUACGACGAAGACGAGGACAAUGCACCACCCGCGCGACUCGCCGCCUCGGCGCUCCUGCGGCUCGUCGCGGCCAAGGAAGCGAUGCAGAAGGAGUGGCUCGCGCACGCGCGCGCCCCGCCUCUCCCAUCCGCGUUCCCGUGCCCGCUCGCGCAGCUCGCGGACGCGAACCACGACCCGCGCACGGCGGACGCGAUGCGGAAGUGUGCGAGCGCGCGCACGGAUGCGGAGCGCGGGUGGCUAUCGCUGCUGCUGCAGACGGGGGUGUUCGAGGCGGGUCUUAGGGACGUGUUCGUCGGUCUGCAGCGGCUCGCGGAUAUGGACUGGAAGGAGAUGGGGUAUUGCAUGGGGUGCGUGAGCGAGCGGCGGGACGCGUGGCUGGAGAAAAGGGAGAAACUGUGGAGGCGCCUCGAUGUGCUGCUUGGGCUCAAAGGCGAGGAUGCACGAUGA